UUAACUAGGAUGGCGUCUGUGGUGUUGCGGCAAUUUCGAAGGGAAUAGUGAGUUUUGAAAAUUUUGACAACGACCUCGAGAAUGGCAGAUAAUCAACAAAGUAGAUUUGAAAAGUCCCUUGGUCUAUUAACGACUCGUUUUGUUACUUUAUUACAGAAAGCAAAGGAUGGUGUUCUUGAUUUAAAAGUAGCAGCUGAUAUCUUAGAAGUUCGACAAAAACGACGAAUUUAUGACAUUACUAACGUUCUUGAAGGUAUUGGACUCAUUGAAAAGAAAAGCAAAAAUAGCAUCCAAUGGAAAGGAGCAGGUCCAGGUUGUAAUACUCAAGAAGUUGGUGAGAAAUUAACCGACUUAAAAGAUGAAAUAAAAAAACUAGAAGAUCAUGAACAGUUAUUAGAUAUGCAUACUCAAUGGAUUCAACAAAGUAUUAAAAAUAUAGAGAAUGAUUUAAUUAAUAGGAAAUAUGCAUAUAUUACUUAUGAGGAUGUUAAAGAAAAUUUUCCUGAUGAUUUUGUAUUAGGAAUUCAAGCUCCACCUGAUACAGAAUUAAGCGUACCAAAAUAUAUAACACAGACAUCUGAAGAUGAUGAGAAACUAAAUUAUGAAAUGUUUCUAAAAAGUAGUUCUGGAGAAAUUAAGGUGUACAUGAUUCAACCAGAACUAGCUAAAACAUAUGAUAAUAAAAUAUUAGAAAUGAGACUACAAGAAGAAGCAAAAGGUACAAAAAGAGGGAAAGAGGAAGAGGAGAAAAAGGAGGAAGUUAAUGUUAAACCAAAGAGAAGAGUUGGAAGGCCCCCAAAAGGAAUCAGUAAACCUGACCCUGUUAUAUCUGAUGAAGAUGAAGAGGAUGAUGCAGAAUUAAUAGAAGCAAAGAUAGUACUUCGGGAUGUUAGCACUUCAGAUAUUGCUCAAAAGGACUUAGAGUUAUUUGAUCAAAUUUAUUCUGACAUUUAUGGACCAUUAGUAAGAUUAAGUCCUCCACCCAGUGAAAAAGAUUACCAUUUUAAUCUUAGUGAAAAUGAAGGAAUUUGUGACUUGUUUGAUAUUACAGCAAAAUGAGUAACAAGUUAUAUAGUUUAAAUGAUUGAAUGAUUCAGACUGUGCCAAUAAUGUGCAAAAUUGCAGAAAAAUUUGUUGACAAUUUCUGAAGGCUGUUCUGUGUAUAUAAUUUUAAAGAAUGGAUAUGGAUAACGAUCAUUGAAUACAUGCAGUAUUUUUUUAUUAGUAGAAAUAAAAAAAUAAUACAAGUUAUAAAGAAAAAUGUUUAUAACAAUCAAUUUUGUUGCAACUGUGUUUAAUUAAGUAACAGAAGCUCCAAAUAUUAACAGAUUCUUUAUAAUCUAUGACGCAUGAUUUAUUUCUAUAAGUUUAUUUACAAACUUUAUCCUUGUAUGCAUUCAAAAUGAAAAAAUGUGUUUUUAUUUAUAGUUAUUACAUACAAGGAAAGUAUCAAAAAGAUAAAUAUUUUUAUGAACGAUAUAUUAUGUCCAAAUUAGCAUUGUUUUUAUAAGCUUUGUACAUGUUUUAUUGAAUUACGUAUGAUUUUUUUUACGUAUUUGUUUAGAUAACAAUUAUUUGAGGUAAUAUAAAAUGUACAUUCGCUGUAUAAUUGUAUGAAUUUGUUCUCUUAGACCAUAUAUAAGAUCAUCAUGAUUUAUUGUAAAUGAGUACAUGUGUAUCUGUACUCUCUUUAUAAUAUACUUUCCAUGUUGUAUAUUGUAUGUUUGUUACUGCAUUCAAUGACACUAAUUAAGUUUGUGAAUAUUAUAGUUAUUUAAGAAAAAUAAAUUUAAACGGAAACAAA